AUGGCAUUGCAUUUCGAGUCCUGCAUUUUUUCUUCCAAACCUCAAAUUAUUGCAACAAAGGCUCAAUUUUCUGAAUGUUUCAGCCCUGCCAAACUUGAUUCUCUUCACAUUGCCAACAAAUGGAACAUUGUUCAAGAGGAAAGGUCUAGCGCAAAAGUGUAUAAAACAGGAGAUCUCAGCAUGAAUGUGUCAGACAAAGUGGAGGUGGUCAAGAAUGAAUUUUGGAAUACUGUGGGUGAAAGCUCAUUCAAAGGUUUGUACAUGAUUGAUGCCAUGCAGCGACUAAAUAUUGAUUACCACUUCCAAGAGGAAAUUGAAGCACUCCUACGGAAGCAACACGUGAAUUCUAGUAUUAUUGGAACUGGUUAUGGUUAUGAUAUUCAUGACAUUGCGCUUCGAUUCAGGCUACUAAGACAACAAGGUUACUUUGUGCCCGCAGAUGUGUUUGACAAGUUCACCAACAAGGAGGGAAAAUUCAAGCCAGAACUUAGUGAAAAUAUCAAGGGGAUGGUGAGCAUAUAUGAAGCUUCACAGUUAGGCAUAGCAGGGGAAGACGUACUUGCUGAAGCUGAACAAUUUAGUGGCAAGCUCCUAAAGGAAAAGGUGGAUUGCAUCGAUAGUCAUGGAUCUAAGUUUGUAAGGAGAACCUUAGAACACCCUUUUCACAAAAGCUUGCCCAUGUUUACAGCUAGAACUUUCUUGGGAGAUUUUCAUGCCAAGAAUACAUGGAUAUCCUUAAAAGAAGUGGCGAAUGUGGAUUUCAGUUUGCGGCAGUGCUCGUACCAUCGAGAGAUUUCUCAAAUUUCGACAUGGUGGUCCGGACUUGGUUUAGCCAAAGAGUUAAUGUAUGCGAGAAAUCAACCACUUAAAUGGUAUAUUUGGUCCUUGGCAUGCUUUUCGGAUCCUACUUUAUCAGAGGAAAGGGUUGAGCUCACAAAACCAAUAUCUUUGAUCUACAUAAUAGAUGACAUUUUCGAUGUUUACGGGACUCUAGAUGAGUUAACUCUUUUCACAGAAGCUGUUUGCAGAUGGGAUAUCACAGCUAUUGAACAACUACCAGAUUACAUGAGGACAUGUUUCAGGGUCCUCCAUAAUCUCACAAAUGAAAUCAGCUCCAAGUGGAAGAUUUUGUGCAAAGCCUUCCUAGUUGAAGCAAAAUGGUUUGGCUCUGGGAAGUUGCCCAGUGCUGAAGAAUACUUAAAGAAUGGGACAGUAAGCUCUGGAAUGCAUAUUGUGAUGGUCCACGCUUUCUUUCUGUUGGGUCAUGGAUUAACUGAGGAAAAUGUUCAGAUCAUAGACAGAAUCCCUGACAUAACUUCUUCCCUGGCAACAAUUCUUCGACUUUGGGAUGACUUGGGAAAUGCACAGGAUGAGAAUCAACAAGGCAAAGAUGGAUCGUACGUGAAUUGUCUCAUGAUGGAUCACCCAGAGUACACGAUGAGAAUGGCAAGAGAGAGGGUGAUGAGUGAGAUAUCUGAUGCGUGGAAGACCCUCAACCAAGAGUGUUUGUUUGGUAAACAUUUCCAUUCAACAUUUACUAAGGCCUCACUCAAUCUUGCAAGGAUGGUACCAUUGAUGUAUAGUUACGACGACAAGCACUCCCUUCCAGGACUAGAGAAGCAAGUCCAGUCCUUUCUUUAUGAUAAUUUGCUGUAA